AUGUUAAAGAAGGACAGAUAUCUAUCGGUUACUAUAACGCGUAUCUUUAUGAAAUUUGUUGGGUUUUGGGUGGUGGAAACGAGACGGGAACAAAUGCUACUUUACGUAGCCCUAAGUUAUGCAAUUUUAGCGAUAGUAUUUGCAAUUUGCGUCGAGUUCGCUGACCUCUAUCAUUGUCUAGGUGAUUUUUACGCAUUGACAUACAAUUUGUGCGCAACGAUGCUUUUAAUUAUGAUAUUAGUGAAAUUCGGUAAUUUCAUAUAUUAUCGUAAUAUCGUUUUAAAGUUAAUCACUUAUGCCGAACAAAAUUUUUGGAAAGGUGAAUACGAUAAUACGAGUGCUAAAAUAUUGGAGGAAUACGACAAACGUGGUGUUCUUAUGACAUAUACGUUUACCGUGAUAGUUAAUUUAGCUGCGUUUAAUUAUAUUUUUGCGCCAUUAGUCGAAAAUAUUGGAAGAAACGAGACGGAUCGCGUGUUACCUUUUAAAUUGUGGGUUGAUUUACCACUCAAAAUUACCCCUUAUUACGAGAUUACUUAUACGAUUCAGGCUGCCGAAGUGUUGAUAAGGAAAUGCAUAUUUGCUAUUUACUUUACCGGAAGCUUAUCUCAGUUGUUAAUAUAUACUUGGACGUGCAACGAUAUAAUAGUGCAAAGUUCAAGACUCUCAGAAUCGGUGUAUAACUCUUGUUGGUAUCUGAUGCCAAACGAGGGAAAAGGGAAAGCAUUAAAAUACGGUGUAAGCAUGAUCAUGCUUAGGUCACGUCGGCCAUGUACUUUGACUGCUGGAGGAUUCGCCGUAAUGUCGUUGGAAACUUUUACCGGGAUACUCAGUACGUCUAUGUCAUACUUCACAUUGUUACGACAAAUGAGUGAAGAGGAAUAA